AUGAUUAGAAAUGUCUUGAUUAUAGGAGUCAUUUUCACUGUGAUAUAUGUGAAGAUGUUUCUAGGUGUCUACAAUAAAGACGAGCUUUCAGAAAAGGUAUAUACAGACUUGCUUGGAAAAGGAAUCACAGGAAAAGAAAUUCUACUUUUGAGCUAAUCUAUUGAUGGGUACAUAAAAGAUUUGAAAAAAAUAUAAAACAUCACUGUGAUAGAGGCGCCUGAUAUGCUUUUUCAAGAAAAGUCAAAGGAUGGAUAUAAUUUGAAUAAGCCAAUUACAUCAGCAAAGUCAUUGAAAAACUUGAGAAUCAAAGAGAGGAAUAGAGAUAUCUAAUUUGUUUAGGAUAUGAAUCAAUCUUCUUCACAACAGAACAGUGAGACUUCUUAAAUUCAAUAAUAGAGAUUGCUGAACUUACUAUUCAACGCAAUUGAAUAUAAUGGCCACUCUGGCUCAGAAAUAUGGGAGUAUAUCUUUGAUAAAAUUCUUAAAGUUAAUCCCCGAGAAGAUGAGUAUAUUGAUGCAAGUAAUAGAGAUGAUAUUUUGAUUAGCUUGAUUAGUGGAUUGAAGAGCUCCUUAGAUAUGAAAAUUGCAACAAGUAUGGUUGAUAACUAGGGGUUUUCUCUUAACUAACUGCAAAUAUCUGAUCAUAUACAUAAUCUUGUUGGCUAGUUCCCAGAAAGAGUCAAAGGUCUUUACCUCUACUAUGGAUUUCUACUUAAGAAAGUAGCAGACAAAAAAGAAUAAUUUAAAAAUCUAGAUGAAAGUUUUAAUAGCUAGAGAAUAUGGAAUAGAUUAGUUGAUGAAAUUGAAAAUGUACUCAAGUUGAAUUCUUAAUUCUCAAAAAUAAACAUAAACCAGGAAGAAUCAUUAAUUGAAAUACAAAAUGUGCUUAAUUGUAUCGAGAAUCGAGAUUGCCAUAUUUGUAAAUUACAUUUAAUGCUAUUCCUCAAUUCUCUCAAGAAUCUAGAUGAUUCUGUUGAAAAUCUAAAGUUUGGUGAGAGUAUAAGAAGCUAUAGAGGAUUGAUUAUCUCUAUUCUGGCCUCACUCUACAUCCUAGAUUUUUACACCAAGAGACAAAUGGAGUUUGAUAUUAAUAAAAGAGAUGAGAAAAUUAGGAAAAUAUAUGAGGAAAAAGAAAGAAAGCUAAAAGAAUAGGAUGAAAAGGAAAGAAAAGCAAACAAAAAAGCAAAUGGAUUAGAUAGUUCGGAGGAUGAAGAUAAAUAAGUAAUUGGUAACAUACUUGAUGAAUUAAAAGAAAAAUAAGAUUGA